AUGUUGCAGGCAGAAGAGGUAGACGACAAGGUGGCCUUGACCGCUUUCAUAGGAGGAUUCCAAACCUCCAGAUUCUUGUUUGCCCUAUCUAAAGAACCUCCCACUAGCAUGGCAGAGUUGUUGAUCAGAGCGCAGAAACACAUGAACGCUGAAGACGUUAUGAAUGCACGGAAGGGAAAGGAAGGAGAAGACAAGAAGAGGUUAGCCCCUCUCACCAGGGAUGAAAAGAAUACCAAUUAUCAAAGAUCAUUCUUCAGCCAAAGCGAUAGGACAUAUAAUGGUGAGAUAAUAGAGAAAUGGAGGAAGAGAAAAAAGGGUCAUUUUGCUGUCUACACAAAGGAAGGCAAAAGGUUUGUUGUGCCUCUCUACUAUCUGAAUCACCCCAUUUUCAGAGUGCUACUGGAGAUGGCUGAGGUAGAGUUCGGAUUGACUAUUCACGGGCCACUUCAAGUUCCAUGUGAGGAGGAACUGAUGGAAAACAUUCUGUGUUUGCUAAGGAGGAAUAAAGCACUUGUUUCAAUCACAGAUUCCAGAGGAGCUUCGAUUUCUUCGUUAUUUCCUCUCUUUCAGGCCGCCAAUCGAGGCGAGCUCAAAUCUGUGGUUAAGUAAUGGGGUUUCAUAGUUUUAGGGGCUUCGGUUGAAAUUUGUAGAACUUGCCAAUGCCAUGCUCUUGUAGACUGAAAGGAGUUCAAGAAAUAAUUCUCACACUUUUUUAAAUGAAGAUUAAAAUAGUUUCUGAAGUUUCUCUUA